AUGGUGUGGGAGAGAAUAAGAAGCCCUCAUUUCUUCUCCAACUUCUGCUGCUGUUCCAGAUCAAAACGCACUGCUUAUUCUUCCUCUUCUUCAGAGGCUUCACUUCUGUUACAUGAGGAAAAUGACGAUGAGGUGGUUACAAAGCCCGGAUGGAAGGCCAUGCCUUACAUUUUGGGGAACGAAGCUAUCGAGAAGAUGUCAACUUAUAGGCUCACAACAAACUUGAUGGUGUAUUUGGUGAGGGAAUAACACAUGGAUCAGGUUUUUGCUGCAAAUCUUCUCGCUCUCUGGACUUGUGCUCUCUGUUUGUUCACCGUUCUUGGUGCUUCUCUUGCUGAUACCUACCUUGGCAAAUUCCGAACGAUUCUUUUCGCUUCCUUUGCAAGUCUUCUGGGCAUGGUGACACUGACUGUGACAGCUUUCGUGCCACAACUGCGGCCUCCGCGGUGCGAUCUUGGUCAGCAGUGCAUUGGCCACACAAAAUUUCAGUUGUGGAUUUUGAUUAUGGGGUUAAGCUGGUUAGGCACAGGCAGCGCUAGGAUUAGGCCAUGCAGCCUCCCCUUUGGAAUUGACCAGUUUGAUACUUCAACUAUGGAAGGAAGACUAGCAACCCGUAGCUUCUUAAAUUGGUACUAUACCUCAGCUACAGUAGUUGUGUGGAUCAAUCAAGUCUUCCUGGUCUACAUUCAAGACUCUGUGAAUUGGGCUCUGGGAUUUGGCAUACCCACCCUGCUGAUGAUUUUAUGUGCAAUUCCACUAUUUUUGGAUGGAUCGAAUAUGUGUGUGUGGGUGAAGCCAGAAGGAAGCAUAUUCUUAAGCUUUGCACAAGUAGUGGUUGCUGCAUACAAGAAGCGCCAUCAUAAGCUUCUAAAUGAUGAAAGGGUACACGGUGUUCUGUUCGAUGUUUCGUUGGAUGGGAAUGCAGUAUUGUCCAAGCUUCCUCUGCCUACUCGAUCUAGUAUUUUGCUGCACCUCCGCUUCUUGAAGAAAGCAGCCCUAGUGGUGGAUGAUGAACUUAAAAAUGGAUUUUCUGCAAAUGUAUUGAGGCUGUGCACCAUCCAACAAGUUGAAGAUGCCAUGUGUGUGAUAAAAACAAUCCCAAUAUGGGCAUCUGGUGGCAUCUUCCUGCUCGUGUUGGUACAAGAAGGAACAUUUAUAGUAUCACAAGCCCUAACAAUGGAUCGUCGCAUUGGAACAAAACUCCAAAUGCCUGCAGGUUCAAUAAAAAUAAUGUCAUUGAGCAUUAUAAUCAUAUGGCUCCCAUUGUACGACAGUGUUAUACAACCAGCCCCGAAGAAGAUCACUAGAUAUGAAGAUGGGAUCCCAACUCUGGAAAAAAUAGGAAUGGGGUACGUCUUCUCAAUUCUAUGUAUGUUGGUGGCUGGAUUGGUUGAGCAAAAGAGAAGAAACAUGGCUACAUUACAUGUUGAAACACCAAUUGGGGUUGCACCCAUGUCUAUUUUCUGGUCGAUUCCUCAACUAGUGCUUCUGGGGCUCAGUGAGGUGUUUGGGGCUCUUGGGCACAUCGAGUUUUAUAACAAAGUGUUCCCUGAGAAGAUGAAGAGUAUUGGGAACUCCCUAAUCUAUCUUUGCAUGGCAGGUGCUACUUAUAUAAGUAGUUUGGUGGUGACCGUUGUGCACAAUGUUACCGGAAAGCAUGGCCAACCCAGCUGGUUGGAUAAUGAUAUUAAUGCUGGCAGAUUGGACUACUUCUACUUCUUGAUAGCUGGGUUGGGGAUGCUGAAUUUUGUUUACCUUUUGUUCUGUGCUUGUGGAUAUAGAUAUAAGGUUAGUGUGAAGGCGAUAGAAAUAGUCCCUGAUGUUUAA